GCACGCCGUGCUGACGUCACUGCGCGUCCUCAACGUCCCGCUGGCUCCGGGGGCUUUCGGGAAGGCGGCGGCUGAACGGUCCGGUGCUGCGGCUUCCCGGGCGCGGAGGCCCCAGUGCCCCGGCUCCGCGACUUAGAUCACUGAGAGUCUUCAUUUCCUCCCAUGUUUCCCUAGAAAUAAACCCAAUCAUAGAAAUCUGAAAAGUGUUAUAAAAAAUCCAGUUUGAAUUCUGUGGAGUGUCCUUUUGUGUAUGAAUAGUUAUAUAAAAUACUGAGUUCUCACAGAGUGCUAGUAAGUAUGGUACAUUGUGCAACAGGAAUGCUGUGGUAAAGCAGGGUUAUUAGAUACUUGUGAUAACAGAAGAAGGCUAUGUCUUAAUAAAUUGAUUCAUCCUUAAUUCUAGCAGACUUAAAAGAAGUGCAGGUGGACUUUUUAAAAUGCAGUCUAGUUAGGUUUGCUGUCUGUUGACCAGAUGUCUUAAAAUGAUCGACACAGGAAGGCUUAAGCUAGUGACAUAGAAGAUUUAGCAGGUAAGAAGAAGAACAGUCUAAGCUUUAAGCAAAGGUCAUUCACCGCACAUACUGUCUAUAGUCUUAAUAGGGCUGUGUGUUAACUUCAGAAGGUAACUGACAUCAUUCUGACCCACUUUAGAAAAUGCUGUCAUGAUGAGCUGUACGAAAUUAGCUUUUAGGAAAUGUGGCCAUGUGGAGAGUUUAGUUACUUGUAUUUGGUAGAUGAAUAGAGUAGUUUGAAUGUUGUAUUAAAGUCUUUAUAAGGGAAAAAAAAAGCCUGCAUAUAAUUUUUCCAAUAUAGUCAGCAAUUGACUUAGUAUCUAGACUUCAUAACUUUUCAUGAAAGUAAAUUAUGGGUAAAUAGCUCUUGGGUUACCCACAAGAGUUAAUACUGUCCCAGAGUCCUGAGUAGUGUAGUAUCUUGGAAAAGGAGACAGAUUUGUCCUAUGUGACAGUGAACUUAUAUAAAUCCAAUCAGAGUGAGUUCUACCUAGUUAGCCCGCCAUUCCAUUUCUGUCUGUGGUGGAGAUCUUAGUGUGAAGUGGUGAGACACCUCACAGGGCAGUUUAAGCUGUCAGAAAUACCGUCACUACUCAUGCACAAAACUAUCUCCCAGACAGUUGUCCAAGGUACCUUACACCAAAAAACCAAAAGUAUAAUGGAAAAUAGCACAACCUUGCCAAAUUGGACAAGAGAGAGCAAAGAAAAAAUGAAGUACGACUUUUCGUGUGAGCUGUACAGAAUGUCCACGUACUCGGCUUUCCCCGCUGGAGUUCCUGUCUCGGAACGGAGUCUGGCUCGUGCUGGCUUUUACUACACGGGUGUCAACGACAAGGUCAAGUGCUUCUGCUGUGGCCUGAUGCUGGACAACUGGAAGCAAGGGGACAGCCCUGUUGAAAAGCACAGGCAGCUGUACCCCAGCUGCAGCUUCGUCCACACUCUGAAUCCCGCCAGUCUGCCGUCCCCGACCAAGAGCACAGCUCCUGUGAGGAGUGGGUUUGCACAGUCGUUACCUCCUCCGGAACGCGGUGGUACUUACUCCAGCUUGUCCUCAAACGCUCUCCGUUCUAGAGCAGUGGAAGACUCCCCAUCGAGGGUGAGUCCCUGCAGCCAUACCAUGACUACUGAAGAGGCCAGACUUCUUACUUACAACACGUGGCCAUUGUCCUUUCUGUCUCCGGCCGACCUGGCCAGAGCCGGCUUCUACUAUGUAGGACCUGGAGACAGGGUGGCCUGCUUUGCCUGUGGUGGGAAACUGAGCAACUGGGAACCGAAGGAUGACGCCAUGUCAGAGCACCGGAGACAUUUCCCCAGCUGCCCAUUUCUGGAAAAUUCUUCAGAAACACAGAGAUUUAGUAUAUCAAAUCUGAGUAUGCAGACACACUCUGCUCGAAUGAGGACGUUUUUGUACUGGCCGUCUAGUGUUCCUGUUCAGCCUGAGCAGCUUGCAAGUGCUGGAUUUUACUACAUGGAUCGCAAUGAUGACGUCAAGUGCUUUUGCUGUGAUGGUGGCUUGAGAUGUUGGGAGUCUGGAGACGACCCCUGGGUGGAGCACGCCAAAUGGUUUCCAAGGUGUGAGUUCUUGAUCCGGAUGAAGGGGCAGGAGUUUGUUGAUGAGAUUCAAGCUAGAUAUCCUCAUCUUCUUGAACAGCUGUUGUCCACUUCAGACACCCCAGAAGAAAAUUCUGAACCUCCAAUUGUGCAUUUUGGACCUGGCGAAAGUUCAGAAGAUGCGGUCAUGAUGAGCACGCCCGUGGUUAAAGCGGCUUUGGAAAUGGGCUUCAGUAGGAGCCUGGUGAGACAGACGGUUCAGCGUCAGAUCCUGGCCACCGGGGACAAUUACAGGACCGUCAGUGACAUUGUCUCCGCACUUCUUAAUGCUGAGGAUGAAAGAAGAGAGGAGGAGAGGGACAGACAGACUGAAGAAGCGGCGUCAGGUGACUUGUCAUUAAUUCGGAAGAAUAGGAUGGCCCUCUUUCAACAGUUGACGUGUGUCCUUCCGAUCCUGGAUCAUCUUCUUGAGGCCAGUGUAAUCACUAGACAGGAACAUGAUAUCAUCCGACAGAAAACACAGGUGCCCUUACAAGCACGAGAGCUGAUUGACACUGUUUUAGUCAAAGGAAAUGCUGCAGCCAAUAUCUUCAAAAACUGUCUGAAGGAAAUUGACUCCACAUUAUAUGAAAACUUAUUUGUGGAAAAGAACAUGAAGUAUAUUCCAACAGAAGACGUUUCAGGCUUGUCCUUGGAAGAGCAGUUGCGGAGACUGCAAGAAGAACGAACUUGCAAAGUGUGUAUGGACAGAGAGGUUUCUAUUGUGUUCAUUCCUUGUGGUCAUCUGGUAGUCUGCCAGGAGUGUGCCCCUUCCCUGAGGAAGUGCCCCAUCUGCAGGGGCACGAUCAAGGGGACUGUGCGCACAUUUCUCUCAUAAAUGAAGAGUGGUUUAAAGUAUCGUUGGACACCAGAAGCUGAACAAAGAAUGAAUUACUGAUUCAACGAGUACAUUCAUGUUUGCUCUUCUCCAGAGUUAGUAAUCCUGCUUCAUGAAAGAUAGUAUUGUAUAUUUAAUUUGUUUAGUUGCAAGAGAAGGUCCGUGCUGGUCAGCUAAGGAGCGUGAAUGUAUAAAAACAGGAGUGGUGGUGCUUGCUGUGUGUCAUUCAGGAGUUACUGGGUUUGGAGUUUGUGAAAGCUUUAGAUUCGGGUGACGUGGAGCUCAGAAAUCCUGGAAACCAGUAGCCCUGUCACCCAGCAGUUACAGUGCCUCAUGCUUCAUGGUGCUUCUUUUUCUCCUUCCUGGAGAAUAAGAAUUUUUCUGUUACUUGGUAAAUAAGAUUCCCCUAAUUGUGAGAAACGUACUAAUAAAGUGUUUUUGAAAGGCUUGCA